AUGUUCAGUUACCCACCAUUUUCUCUUACGAAGCCUAUGUAUGACACGGACACCUACAUAGGUCGCAGUUUAUACUUUUUCUUCUCCAUCAAUCCGCUGCUGUGCUUCCAGACGGAACGCAUGCUGAUGCAGAAGAGGCUUCUCUUGGACCGUGUGGCGGCGGGUGAGAAGGUGUCGGUAGACGACAAAACGCUUUGGAAGGCACGCAUGGCCAUUGAAAACUGCGUGCAUCCAACCACCGGAGAAGUAAUCUUCCCCCUGUUCCGCAUGUGUGCAUUUCUUCCAAUGAACAGUCUUAUCGUACCCUUUAUGAUGACGCCAGGAACCGUCAGCAGCGUUGCGCGGACUGUAUUCAUCCAGUGGUUUAACCAGAGCUAUAACUCUGCUGUGAACUACGCCAAUCGUUCCUCUGAGAAGCAGAAGUUGGGGGAGUUGUCGAAGGCGUACGUUGCGGCGGUGGGUAUUUCCGUUUCGGGCGCAUUGGGCGCGACUGCGCUGCUUAAGCGCGUGCCGAGUGGCACCCUGCAGGCAACGGUCAUUCGUGCAACGCUGCCGUGCCUUGCUGUUUCCGCUGCCGCUAUUGUGAACCUCUCGCUGAUGCGCAAGAAUGAAUGGAUGUCGUCUGGUCAGGGACUGAAAGUUGUGGACGAGGACGGUGAAGUGCGUGGGUACAGCCUCGUUGCCGGCAUGGACAGCCUGAAGAAGUGCUCCGUGACACGUGUUGUAUGGAAUAUUCCUUCCAUGUUUCUUCCGACACUGUUGAUGGCACCACUCACGGCUCGCUUUGGCUUCGCUAGGGCGUACCCGAUAUGUACAGAGACAGCCUUGCAGAUCGCAGGUCUUGCCGUGGGCGUGCCAGCCGCCCUUGGUGCCUUCAGCACGACUGUGAGCAUUCCCGCUAAUCGUCUGGAAACGUCUUUUCAGGAUCUGAAGCGCAAGGACGGCACGCCAGUGAAGAUGUAUACUUACUACAAGGGACUUUAA